AUGGUCACUCGUAGAGCUACUCACGCUGGCUCGUGGUACACUGACAAAGGGCCACUCCUCUCACAGCAGCUUGACGGCUGGCUAGCAGACGUUCCAAGCUCUAUAGCACCUGUUGGUACAGCCUCCUCGAAAGAAGGCGAUGUCUCUGUGCCGACACCGAAUGCUCGAGCUAUCAUCGGACCGCAUGCUGGAUACUCUUACUCCGGUCCUGCCGCUGCAUGGGCCUACAAGACUGCUGACUGGGCGAAUGCCAAACGCGUGUUCCUUCUUUUCCCUUCCCACCAUUACUACCUCUCUGGCGCCGCUACCACCGGCUGCAACAAGUAUGCUACGCCAAUCGGUGAUCUCACCAUAGACACUCCGCUUGUCAAGCAGAUACAGAAGGAAUGGGGUCUUGAAAUCAUGGAACGCGGUGUUGACGAAGAUGAGCACAGCUCAGAGAUGCACCUCCCUUACAUCUACAAGAUGCUGUCGCUCAAAAACACAAACUUUCAAUCAGACCCAAGCUCCGUACCGCUCGUCCCCAUCAUGGUCGGCAACACAGAUGCCCGUGCUGAAGCGAACUACGGUUCGCUCCUUGCACCCUACCUCUCUGACCCUAGCAACGUCUUCGUUAUAUCCUCCGACUUCUGCCACUGGGGCUCCCGCUUCCGGUACACCUACUAUCAGCCGCCUAACAGCUCAUCUGGGACGAACCUCAAGUCGAACUCACGCGUCGCAAGCGACUAUCCGAUCCACGAGAGUAUUGCGGCAGUAGACAAGGAGAGCAUGGAUGCAGUGGAGGCUGGAUCACACAGGGAGUUCUUGCAGCAGUUGAAGGAUACUGGGAACACUGUAUGUGGCAGGCAUCCUAUUGGCGUGUUUUUGGCUGCAGUUGAGAAAGCUGAGGGACUGGGCGAAGGAAAGGGAAGGUUCAAGUUUGUGAGGUAUGAGAGAAGCAGCUUGGUGGAAGACCUUGGUGAUAGCAGCGUGUCGUACGCGAGCGCCUUCGCUGUCUUGUGA